AUGGAAGAAGAAAAUAUUGCAAUGAUAACGCCAACAAAACUUACCUCUAUGAAAAGAACUGACCUACAAAGAAUGUGCAAGAAAUUUGGUUUGAAGGCUAGUGGGAAGAACACUGAUUUAAAAAAGCAAUUAGCAACAUACGCGUUGGAAAAAUUAGGAGGAACGUUUGAAGAUGAAGAUUAUGAUGUUGAAACGGUAGACGUUGAUGUUAUUUCAAAUCGUGGUGGCACUGACAGAACCUCUAAAAGCAACAUGACCAAUGAACUGAUAAUGCCCACUACACCACAAACACCUACUAUAAUUCCAAAAGAACAAAUUAAUGACUUGGACGAUGAGGAUAUUAUAGACAAGCAAACAGCAAUAGUAAUUUCUGGUUCUG